AUGUCAUUACUAAAACAUCUUUAUGGUGAUAUCGAGCCCAAGUUUAUGUCACUAAUAUCUUGCUGGUCUGCAACCAUUUCAGAAAUUUUCAGCUACCCGGCAUGCAGGCAGCUAUCGCAAAUGAUCUUUGCUAUAUUCUUCUUUCACAUUUCAGAAUUCAUUAUAGCAAUUGCCAUUCAUGGGAAAACAAAUGAACACUGGUGGAUAAGCAACACUGGUCUUUUGAUGGUUAUUAUUGGCGAGGUCAUAAGAAAGUUGGCUAUAGUUACUGCUGGUAGGUCCUUCACUCAUCUCAUAAGGAUACAUCACGAGGAGCAUCAUAAAUUGGUCACUCAUGGAGUGUAUGCAUAUGUGCGACACCCAAGUUAUUGCGGUUUCUUCAUCUGGUCUCUUGGAACACAAAUAAUGCUUUGUAAUCCUUUAUCCGCACUUGCAUUUGCACUGGUUGUUUGGCGUUUUUUCCAGCAACGGAUACGAUACGAGGAGUUUUUCUUGCGGCAGUUUUUUGGUAUAGAAUACGAGGAGUAUGCUACACAGACUUAUUCUGGGAUUCCAUUUCUCAAGUGA